AUGAGAAUCAAGAAGAACCUACUGCCCAGACAUUUUCCUGUUAUCACCGAUAAUGAUCAGGGUGCCAUGGAGGAGGACUACCCCUUUGUCCCUCGAGACUGCUACUACUACGGCUACCUGGAAGGGGUUCCCGGCUCCAUGGGAACACUGGACACCUGCUAUGGGGGUCUGCGUGGCAUGCUGCAGUUGGAUGACUUCACUUAUGAAAUAAAACCGCUGGAGUCUUCUUCCAAAUUUGAGCAUGUGGUUUCUCUGCUUGUGUCAGAAAGAAGAUCGUCAGAGGCUGAAAGGUGUAAGAUUGAAGAGCAAGAUACAAAUCAAGAAUACGAAGAGGCAAUCCUUGCUGGAACUCCUAGAGCAGCUCCCGUGUAUUUGUGGUGGCCACAUAAGAAAUACUUUAAAAUCCACUACACAGUUUCUAACUCAUUAUUUGCAUUGAACACUAAUCUCACACGUAUAAUCGAGAAUGUAGUGAUUUUGAACAACAUACUACAUACCAUCUACAAACCAGCUCUCCUAGAUGUCUACAUACGUGUUUUGUGCAUAUGGAAUGGAUCAGAUAAGAUGGAUUUAUAUGACUACACAAACAUUGGACGAACCAUGACUGAUUUUGGUUUGUGGAAAUACUGGGGUUGGUAUAAUCACAUUAUUCAUGACACUUCGCUGCUUCUUACAGGAGAUAAAGUCGCUGGGGCCUCAUAUUAUGGCCAGUACAAUGGAGUGUGCAACCCCAACUGGGGUGUGGCAUAUCUAUAUAUGGCAAGAUACCACAUAUUUUGGGCUGCAGCUGUUGCAGCACAUACCCUAGGUCAUAAUUUGGGCGUUAAUCAUGAUAAACCCGGUUGUUUUUGCUUUCGAAGAGAGCACUGCAUCAUGGCUCCUGAGCCUGAUUUAUUGGAUAUGAUGAGCAAUUGUACUUAUGAAAGAAUACAUUACAAGCUCACUAUAUGGGAUCCUUGUUUGAGCAUGCCAAAUACACCGUACACCAAUUUUCCUUAUGUAGCUGCUCGUUGUGGUGACUUGGUCGUAGAUCAGAGGGAAGAAUGUGACUGUGGCUCCUUAAAACAGUGUUCUUGGAAUAAGUGUUGCAAGACCAAUUGUAUCCUCUCCCUUGGCAGUGAUUGCAAUGGAGGACCCUGCUGUGUUAAAUGCAAAUAUGCUCAACCUGGAUUGCUUUGCAGAGAUAUGCUUGGUAUUUGUGACCUCCCAGAAUACUGUGAUGGUAAAUCUCAUAAUUGUCCUAAUGACGUUUACACCCAGGAUGGAACCCCAUGUUCAGCAUUGGCUGUCUGCGUGAAAGGAAACUGCAGUGAUCGUGAUAUGCAAUGCCAAUCCCUCUUUGGCUACCAAAUAAAAGAUGCUGCACCAGUAUGCUAUGAAAAAUUGAAUGUACUAGGUGACCGAUUUGGGAACUGUGGGGUGAAGGUGAUACGAGGAGGAGGAAAACCUGUGAAAUGUGAAGAGGAUGAUGUUCUUUGUGGAAUGCUGCAUUGUCGUAAUGUCCAAGAAAUUCCUGGUGGAGGUGACCACACUACGUUUCGUCAUAUAAUAGUACGUGAUAUUAAGGAAGAGUUAUGCUUUGGAUACGAUGCACACCAUGGGACAGAUCUGCCAGAAAUGGGGCUUGUCGUGGAUGGGGCAACAUGUGGCCCAGGAAAAUACUGUUUUCAACAGAAUUGUACUUUUUUUCAAGACAUGGGGUUUGACUGUGAUGUCAAGACAUGCAAUUUCAGAGGGGUGUGUAACAACAAGAAACAUUGUCACUGUAUGAGAGGUUGGAAACCCCCAUCUUGUGAAGAGAGGGGACCCGGUGGUAGUAUAGAUAGUGGUCCUCCACCUGACAGAGAAUAUGGUCUUCGAGCCAAAAUAAUUCUUAAUAUAAACCAGGCAUUGCUUCUACUGAUUUUUCGCUUAAUUGCUUUACUGAUUUCAGGCAUCAUUGGUGCCUUUCAUCAUUUAGAAGAGAAGACAGAAGUGGCUAAAAAAUAG